AUGCCGGGCCGGGCGGAGCCGUCGGGGGGCCGCGCGGCGGCGGCGGGGCGCAGCGGCGGCGGCGGCGGCCACGGCGAGCGGGCGGCGCGGGCGGGCGGCGCGGGGCUGCGGGCCAAGGGCUUCGCCAUCACCGACCUGCUGGGGCUGGAGGCCGAGCUGCAGCCGUCCGGCGCCGCCGCCGCCGCUCCCGCCGCCCGCGGCUACGAGGGCGGCGCGGCGCUGGGGCUGGGUCUGGGGCUGCUGUGCGGGCCCUGCCUGCUGCCGCCGCCGCUGCCGCUGCUACCCGCCCGCCGCCCGCCGCCGCCGCUGCCCGCCGCCCGCCGCCGCGGCGAGCAGCUCUCUGACGAGGACAGCCUGUCGGGGGGCCCCGGCGAGCAGAGGACGUCGACCCCGCAGCUGAAGAGGAAGAAGCGGCGGCACAGGACCGUGUUCACGGCCCGCCAGCUGGAGGAGUUGGAGAAGGCAUUCAACGAGGCGCACUACCCGGACGUCUAUGCCAGGGAGAUGCUGGCUGUCAAAACGGAGCUGCCCGAGGACAGGAUACAGGUUUGGUUUCAGAACCGAAGAGCCAAGUGGCGGAAGAGGGAGAAGUGCUGGGGCCGGAGCAGCGUGAUGGCCGAGUACGGCCUCUACGGGGCCAUGGUGAGACACUCCAUCCCUUUGCCUGAGUCGAUCAUCAACUCCGCCAAGAGCGGGCUGGUGGGAUCCUGCGCCCCGUGGCUGCUGGGCAUGCACAGAAAGUCCGUAGAGGUGAGCGGGAAGGCGGAGAGCCAAGAGAAGCCGGCAGACGGCUGGCGAGCGGAGCAGGCCGAGGGGGAUCGCCCGGUGAGGCAGGCCGGUCCCCAGAGGAGCUCUGACAAGCUCGGCCCAGCAAGCGAUUCGGAGGAUGCGGCCAUCGACCUCUCCAGGACAGCCAAGCGGGAGAAGAGGAGCGUGCUGAGGCCGUGCGUCAACAGGGACCCUCCUGCGGAGCAGGAGGCCGGGGACCACUGA